GGCCUGUCAAGCUUGUUUGACCGGCAAUAACCUCGUCAAUAACAACGGGGCCCUGAGGCCGGCGGCGGCCCCUGUCAGGCUUCGGAUUGGUACCUUAUGAGACACCGCAGUGAGUUGCGGCUCUUAUAUGUGCGUUUUCAGGUAACUCACACCUAAUUCAGUGUUAAAACGGAGGGGUAAAACUUCAGAUGGAUCGCACUUUUCACGGUGAACCGGCGUCUUAUUGCGACUGAAAGUGCUUGUGCGUGUCGGAAAUUUGACUCCGACUAUCUUUAGGAAACGGGACCUGUGUCUUGCAUGGACCAUGGCAGUGUUCAGUUCUCAAGUGCUGCUCGCCGUGACGAGAUCCAGGGGGACCUGCUUGCUUUCAAAAAGGCAUGUCCGCUUGAGGUUGCCUCCCACGGCAUGUGUUCGGUACCACCUGGAAGUUACUACGCCGCCCGUGGGCCCCUCAUGGUUAUUACACCCCCUCCCUGUGUGGCCUCCCACCGGCUCUGGCUGCACGCUGACUCGUCCCCUCCACACUUCCUGCGCCUGGUUCCAGGAGGCUAAGGGGAAGCCAGCUGAGAGCAGCCCCACGCAGAAUGACAGCCUUCCUCCUAAGGGUCCUGACCCCAUCAGCCCUGCCCCUCCCACUAGCACUGCAGAGAUGGUUGUGGCCAGGAAAUCCCUUGGCCAGAGGGUGUUGGAGGAGCUGAAGCACUAUUACCAUGGAUUCCGCCUUCUGGGAAUCGACACUAAGAUCGCCGGGCGAAUGGUGUGGAGGCUUCUACACGGCCAGCAGCUCACCAGGAGGGAGAGAAGACGACUCAUGAGGACAUGCGCAGACCUCUUCCGCCUCGUACCCUUCAUGGUGUUCGUCAUCGUUCCCUUCAUGGAGUUCCUCCUGCCGGUUUUCCUCAAGCUCUUCCCUGAGAUGCUGCCGUCCACCUUUGAGACAGAAUCAAAGAAGGAGGAGAAGCAGCGGAAGUCUUUGGCUGCGAAGCUGGAGUUGGCCAAAUUCCUGCAGGAGACCAUCGCUGAGAUGGCCCGGAGGAACAAGGCCCAGGUUGGAGCUGAGACGCAGCGGUUCUCCACCUACGUGCAGAAGGUGCGGCACACGGGUGAGCAGCCCACCACCAAAGACAUCGUGCAGUUCUCUAAGCUCUUUGAGGACGAGCUGACCCUGGAGCACCUGGAGCGCCCCCAGCUGGUGGCCCUCUGCAAGUUACUGGAGCUGCAGCCCAUCGGAACCAAUAACUUGUUGCGCUUCCAGAUGAUGAUGCAGCUGCGCACCAUCAAGGCAGAUGAUGAGAUGAUUGCCAAGGAGGGCGUGGCCACCAUGAGCGUGUCUGAGCUGCAGGCGGCGAGUCGCAGUCGGGGCAUGCGCUCGCUGGGCCUGACCGCGGAUCAGCUCCGGCAGCAGCUGCAGCAGUGGCUGGACCUGCACCUGAAGGAGAAUGUGCCCCCAUCGCUGCUGCUCCUGUCCCGGGCCAUGUACCUGACGGACCUCACCCCCAAAGCCCCCGUCAUCCCACCCGUGCCCAAGCUAGAGGUUACCUCGGGCGCAGCUAAAUCCGACCCACUGGUCCAAGCAGAGCCCCUGUCAGCCAAACUGGACAUGCUGGUGGACCCCGCUACAGUCACCAAGGACAAGGCAGAGGAGAUCUUGGACAAAUCAAGUUCAGAUGCACCACCAACAGCUGCACAGGUCAUACAGGUGAAAAAUGCAGAAGCGUCCCAGAAGUCCAAGAUGAGUGCCAAUGGGGUCUAACAUUCCCGGUGUCGGCUUUGGCUUUUCUCCACACGUUCUGCGGGAACAGAAAUGCCCUUCUAGGUGAACUGAGUGCCCAGCCCAUCCACGGACCCCUCCCCAGCCCAGCCUCGGACCCCACCAGCUCCAUAUGAUGCCGCACCAGAUGCACGGAAGCAGCGAGGAGGCGGAGCUUUCCACUGGGCUCCUGCCUCACCCUUCUGUCCCAGCAGAGUGGACUGUCCCAGCAGAGUGGUCUGUCCCAGCAGAGUGGUCUGUCCCAGCAGAGUGGACUGUCCCACAGUGAAAGACAUCUGACCUCAACCUGUCACCGUUUGCAGUCCACUAAGAAAGGAACUGGGCACAGGCACCUUGGAGACAAAUUCCUGGUUGAAGGCAAAUUCCUGGUUGCAUCGAAAACCUCUGAAAUCUCUUUUUAACAAUAAUUAGAUUGACUCCUGGCCACAGAGCCAUAAAUUGUAUAUUUGUAAAUACUUUGUAAAUGAAGGCUCCUUCGUCCAUCAGUAUAUUAUAUUCAAAGCAGUCCGUGGCAAAUUUGGCCUACAGUAAAGACCUCUUCCAGUUUCAGACCACUCUUAAUAUGAUGUAAAGCCGUAAAUGUAGUAUUUUUAAAGAUUAAACAUCUAUUUGGUCUCCGGUGAGGUGUGCUAGCUACACCCUACGGCACUAACCCUAGAUGAGUGUAUGGUGUUAAUAUCAUCGCACCCCCCAAAUUACUUUGUCUGGGGGUCGUUUUCAAAAGCUUUUUCUGGCCUCUACCUUCCUGAAAUGUUAGAUUAGUAGCUGGGUGAAGAAGGGAUGAAUUUUGCUACAAAUUCCAGAUUCAGUUUUUAUAUAAAAACAAGCUAAAUUUAUUUCGGCAUAUAAAACCAUAGUGGUUUGAAAAAGCCUGCUUGCCUGCAUACUGGUAAUUAUUCCUGCUUGUUAAGUAAUAUCCCAGUGACUAAUUAGAUCAGAUGUAUACAUCUACUUGUAAAUAUCAUUGUCCAAUUUCUGGAAAACCUUUGAAAACUUCAGAUAUGUUGUGGUUUCACACCAUUUCUGUCAGUAUUGUUUUUUUGAACUGUAAAAAUAUCUGAAUCUUCUGCUCAGAUGCCAGCGAGCCGCAGCCAAUGCUGUCCUAAGAAGUUCUUGACCCAUGUGACUGUGUGACGACUUAAUCUACGUGUGUGUAGUAGAAUAUUCAGAUGAUGUUAAGCUGUAUUUAAAAGCUGCUGAUAGCGUAAAACAGGGAUGCUCCUUAUGCUUGAACCUCCCAAUUCUUGGUGGAUGGUUCAUCUCGCUCCUUGUUUUACGCCUCGUCAGGGAUGGGGAACCUGGUCCAUGCAGGACUGCUGUGGCUGCGGAUUUUUGGGAUGUCCUCUGUCAGCCAAUAGCAGAGCGUCCCCAGGACUGAAGCUGAGAACCAACUGCUUGAUUAUUGCCAGAUUGAGAGGUUGUCCCAAACCCCCCCCCCCCCCCAGCCCUCCAUUACAACAGGUUCCCCACCUUGCACUAUGUGGUCCCAUCUUCACUGCCCCAAUGUGCCUAACAUCAGCUUUGGCUGUGAAUAUCUUCACCGGUCAAUUCUAGCCAUGCCACCUGCGUAAAUGUGGUUUUCAGAUGUGCUCGGAAACUGCGUACUCUUAAUCUGACGUCCCCCAUUCCCAUACGGAAUUAUGGCAAGAUAUCGAAUGUAUUUGAUUAAUCUGGUUGGAAUAUUUUCUGGUGCUGCAGUGUCACCUCACACCACUGAGGUUCAAUUCCCAUCUUUGUCCUGGCUGGAUGUUGCACUGGCAUCCCAUCCGCAGUGGCUGGUACCCUGGCCUUGUGUCCUGUGUGUCUUGGGAUUCCAGGUUGCCCAGCGAGGGAUUGAUGGCAGUUAAUAUCUUUCUUCCGGCCUUUAGAAUAUAUUUUAUUGGUUUCAUACAUGCCUUCCUCCCAGAGCAAUACAUGCAGUGUGAGGCCAUGUUUCCAAACACAGAGGGAAGGUCUCAGGAGUUCAUGCACUGUGUUCCUUGGUUUGCCUGCUGCUCUUUCUUCCAGCCUUAUAUGACAUUAAGCCGGUGUUUCUCAGCCCAGUCCUCGGGGACCCCAGACAGCACCGUUUUGCUCCCUCCCAGUUCCCAAUACACGUGUAGGAGACAGUGUUCAUGGUUUGGUGUGGUGGUAGCUGGGAGUGAGUGAAAAUGUGGACUGUCUGGGUCCCGCCAGGACUGGGUUGAGAGAGCCUGGUUUAAGUGAUUUGUGUUGUUUAGCUGUUACUUUGAAACAACACCUGCAGAGGGGAAGACCCACCUGCAAGUGUCCCAUUACUACCUGCCCAGCUAAUCUCUGGGGGGGGGGUGAUAUCUCAAUACCCACAAGGCCUUUCUAUGCCAUUGUUCAGUCAGUUGCAUCGCAGAUAAAACACUGCACUCGUUCUGUGGAACUGUUUUGUAAUUCCACCUCUCUUGUGUGCGUUGAACAUUAUUUUUUUACAUCUGGUGAGCAAGAGAAAUGCAUUAAAAAAGAACAAACAAA